AUGGUGGGAGGACAGUGCUCUCUCUGGUCCAUGCUCAGUCUCUCUGUCGCCGCCCUGCUGGUGGGUGGAGGAGGAGCAGGAGUGGCAGGGGGAGGAGGGCAGGAGUGGCAGGGUGGAGGAGGAGCAGGAGUGGCAGGGUGGAGGAGGAGCAGGAGUGACAGGGUGGAGGAGGAGCAGGAGUGGCAGGGUGGAGGAGGAGCAGGAGUGACAGGGUGGAGGAGGAGCAGGAGUGGCAGGGUGGAGGAGGAGCAGGAGUGGCAGGGUGGAGGAGGAGCAGGAGUGGCAGGGUGGAGGAGGAGCAGGAGUGACAGGGUGGAGGAGGAGCAGGAGUGGCAGGAUGGAGGAGGAGCAGGAGUGACAGGGUGGAGGAGGAGCAGGAGUGACAGGGUGGAGGAGGAGCAGGAGUGCCAGGUUGGAGCAGGAGCAGGAGUGACAGGGUGGAGGAGGAGCAGGAGUGGCAGGGUGGAGGAGGAGCAGGAGUCGCAGGAUGGAGGAGGACCAGGAGUGACAGGGUGGAGGUGGGAGGAGCAGAGUGACAGGGUGGAGGAGGAGCAGAAGUGGCAGGGUGGAGGAGGAGCAGGAGGUGGAGGAGGAGCAGGAGUGGCAGGGUGGAGGAGGAGCAGGAGUGGCAGGGUGGAGGAGGAGCAGGAGUGGCAGGGUGGAGGAGGAGCAGGAGUGGCAGGGUGGAAGAGGAGCAGGAGUGGCAGGGUGGAGGAGGAGCAGGAGUGGCAGGGUGGAGGUGGAGCAGGAGUGACAGGGUGGAGGAGGAGCAGGAGUGGCAGGGUGGAGGUGGAGCAGGAGUAUGAGGGUGGAGGAGGAGCAGGUGUGGCAGGGUGGAGGAGGAGCAGGAGUGGCAGGGUGGAGGUGGAGCAGGAGUGGCAGGGUGGAGGAGGAGCAGGAGUGGCAGGGUGGAGGAGGUCAGAUAGGUGGAGGAGGAGCAGGAGUGGCAGGGUGGAGGAGGUGGAGGAGGAGCAGGAGUGGCAGGGUGGAGGAGGAGCAGGAGUGGCAGGGUGGAGGUGGAGCAGGAGUGGCAGGGUGGAGGUGGAGCAGGAGUGGCAGGGUGGAGGUGGAGCAGAAGUGGCAGGGUGGAGGAGGAGCAGGAGUGGCAGGGUGGAGGAGGAGCAGGAGUGGCAGGGUGGAGGUGGAGCAGGAGUGGCAGGGUGGAGGUGGAGCAGGAGUGGCAGGGUGGAGGAGGAGCAGGAGUGGCAGGGUGGAGGAGAGAGGGGCGGAGACGAGGAUGGUGUGGGGGGUGAGAGAGGGGGGGACGAGGGUGGUGUGGGGGGUGAGAGAGGGGCGGAGACGAGGGUGGUGUGGGGGGUGAGAGAGGGGCGGAGACGAGGGUGGUGUGGGGGUGAGAGAGGGGCGGAGACAAGGGUGGUGUGGGGGGUGAGAGAGGGGCGGAGACGAGGGUGGUGUGGGGGGUGA